CUGUAUCUUCUCGCAGUGGGAGGAGAUGAAGCACGACACCAGAGAAACAGUCAGAGCUCCCGCACACCCUCUACCGGAGAACACAUCCGCCCGCGCGCGCGCGCUCCGCCCGGUAAUCUACAACUCACACUGACGCCCGCCACACACACACGCACGCGGCACGUCUCCGGGAGAGCCGGAGAAACAGUUCCACAAGAGCCUGAAACCCACCGAGAGCCUUCCCAAGAAGCCGCACCUGCACAGAGUUCGGCCCGCGGGCAGUCCGGGCUUCACCGAACCGACACCGCCAGGAUGGACAAACUUUUCGCGUGCCUCUUCACCGCGAUCGGCGUCUUGGUGUCAGCGCGAGCGCAGGUGUUCAAAGGUGACUGUGACUUCGAGAAGCCCUUCUCCUCGUGUGGAUACACCCAAGGGCGGGACGAUGACCUUGACUGGGAGCAGUUUGACACCAGUGAAAAGCCUUCGCCGGAUCCGUGGAUGCCCCCCGGUUCAGCGUUCAUGAUGGUGAACUCGUCGGGUCGGUUCGCCGGGCAGAAGGCUUUACUCUUCACUCCGCAGCUCAAAGAGAACGACACGCACUGCGUCAUAUUUCAGUUCUACGUUGCGGGUCGAGAGGGCGGCAGGCCUGGACAUCUGAACGUCUACAUCAAGGAGAACAACAGCCCCAUGGGUUUGCCCGUGUGGAACACGUCUGGACCCGCCGGGCGAAGCUGGAACCAGGUGGAGCUGGCCAUCAGCACAUACUGGCCCAACUUCUACCAGAUCGUCUUUGAAGUGGUGACCUCCGGGCAGCGCGGCUUGCUCGCCAUCAAGGACGUCGUCCUCCAGGGCCAUCAGUGCAUGAACACGCCACACUUCCUCCAUAUCAAAGGAGUGGAAGUGAAUGCCGGACAGACCGCGACCUUCCACUGCACUGUCAACGGAGAGUGGAGAGACAACUUCAACCUCUGGUUGCAGGGUAUCGGCGGUCGGGAAGCUCCGAUGAAGGCGACCAAACCGUGGAAUAACCAGCGUUUUAUCGGCAUGUUUGAUGUGGUGAACACGACCAAACAGGAUUCUGGACGCUACAGAUGCAUCGUCCACUCCAACAGAGGCGUGGGAGUGUCCAACUACGGAGAGCUGACCAUCAAACAACCGCCGGUUCCCAUCGCUCCGCCUCAGCUGAUGGCGGUGGGCGCCACGUACCUCUGGAUCCAGCUGAACGCCAACUCCAUCAACGGAGACGGGCCGAUCAUCAACCGAGAGGUGGAGUACCGCACCGUCUCCGGCACCAUGUACGACCUGCAGCCCGUCGACAAAACCUCGCACAAAAUCGGCCAUCUGGACCCCGACACGGAGUACGAGAUCAGUGUGCUGUUGACGCGGCCGCUGGACGGAGGAACCGGAGCCCCGGGACCGCCGCUGAGAGCCCGGACCAAAUGUGCAGAGCCCAUGCACGGCCCGCGACAGCUGAAAGUGGUGGACAUCAAGUCGCGUCAGGUGACGGUUCGCUGGGAGCCUUUCGGCUACAACGUGACGCGCUGUCACAACUACAGUCUGACGGUGCAGUACCGCGCCCGAGGCGGCGGGAAGGAGGAGAGCAGGGAGGUGGCAUCUUACACCGGCCAGAGCUCCGCCCCUCAGCACACCAUCCAUAACCUCACGCCCUACACCAACCUCAGCGUCAGAAUGGUGCUGCGCAACCGCGAGGGCGUCAAAGAAAGUCCUGAGAUCCACGUUCAGACGGAUGAAGAUGUGCCGGGUGAAGUUCCUCUGGAUUCUAUCCAGGCCAGUGUGUAUGAGGAGAAGAUCUUGCUGAAGUGGAGAGAACCGGCUCAGACCUUCGGCAUCAUCACUCAGUAUGAGAUCUCGUAUAAAGCCGUCAGCUCCUUCGACCCAGUGCUGGAUCUGUCUAACCAGAGCGGGAAGGUGGUGAAAAUGGGGAAUGAAACCAGCCACGUGUUCCUGGGUCUCUACCCCGGCUCCACGUACUCCUUCACCCUCAGGGCGAGCACCGCUAAGGGCUUCGGGCCGCCCGCCAUCACACAGGCCACCACCAAGAUCUCAGCUCCGUCGAUGCCGGCGUACGAUCAGGAGACGCCUCUGAACCAGACGGACAGCAGCGUCACGGUCGUGCUGAAACCCGCUCAGAGCCGCGGAGCUCCUGUCAGUGUGUAUCAGGUGGUUGUUGAGGAGGAACGGCCUCGAAGGGCUCGUGGCGGUGAAGCUGAAAUCCUGCGCUGUUAUCCGGUGCCGGUUCACUACCAGAACGCCAGCAGUCUGAACUCUCAGUACUACUACGGCGCUGAGUUCCCGUCCGCAGGCGUCCCCUCGCCGCAGCCCUUCACCAUCGGAGACAACCGGACGUACAGCGGCUACUGGAACGCUCCGCUGCUCCCGCACAAGAGCUACAGCAUCUACUAUCAGGCCGUCAGCACGGCCAACGGGGAGACGAAAAUCGACUGUGUUCGUGUCGCUACCAAAGCUGCUAUCUUGGUGACGCAGCUCACCACCCCUUACGUUCGCAUCGCUCCAGCCGCUGGAGACAAACAACUAACAGGGGCGGCGACGCACAAACCCAACGCGGUGGAGCCAGAGAAACAGACUGACCACACGGUGAAGAUCGCCGGAGUCAUCGCAGGAAUACUGCUCUUCGUCAUCAUCUUCCUCGGCAUCGUGUUGCUCAUGAAGAAACGGAGAACCUAUCAGUCCUACACUUACUACCUAAAACUGGCGAAGAAGCGUAAGGAAACUCUGAACAGCACGCGGCAGGAGAUGACGGUGAUGGUGAACUCCAUGGACAAGAGCUACACCGAACAGGGAACCAACUGUGACGAGGCUCUUUCCUUCAUGGACACACACAACCUCAACGGACGCUCGGGUUCUUCUCCAUGUUCUCUCACGGUGAAGACCAACACGCUGAGCACCAGCAUCCCAAACACGUAUUACCCAGACCCGUUUGUGCCGACCGCCAUCUUAGUCCCCAUUAAUGACGAGACUCAAACCCUGACCAGCGACACCAGCAGCCUGGUGCAGUCACACACACACACACACUCGUCGCACACACACUCGCUGCGCAAGCGCGAGGCCGUGGACGUGCCGUACCAGACGGCGCAGCUUCAUCCCGCCAUCCGCGUGGCCGACCUGCUGCAGCACAUCACACAGAUGAAGUGUGCCGAGGGCUACGGCUUCAAAGAGGAGUACGAGAUCAAUGAGAGCUUCUUUGAGGGUCAGUCUGCGCCCUGGGAUUCGGCCAAGAAGGAUGAGAACCGCAUGAAGAACCGCUACGGAAACAUCAUAGCAUAUGAUCACUCGCGUGUGCGGCUGCAGAAUCUGGACGGGGAGCAGAACUCUGAUUACAUUAAUGCAAAUUACGUUGAUGGUUAUCACAGGCCGAAUCACUACAUCGCCACACAAGGACCGAUGCAGGAGACCGUCAUUGACUUCUGGAGGAUGGUGUGGCAGGAGAACACGGCAACCAUCGUCAUGGUGACCAACCUGGUGGAAGUUGGCAGGGUGAAAUGCUGUAAAUACUGGCCGGACGACACCGAGAUCUACCGCGACAUCAAGGUGACGCUGAUCGAAACGCAGCUUCUGUCCGAAUACGUGAUCAGAACGUUUGCGGUGGAGAAGCGAGGAGCUCAUGAGAUUCGUGAGAUCAGUCAGUUCCAUUUCACCGGCUGGCCGGAUCACGGCGUCCCGUAUCACUCGACGGGUCUGCUGGGCUUCGUGCGCAGGGUCAAGGCCAAAUCACCCACUAAUGCCGGACCCAUCGUGGUCCACUGCAGUGCGGGGGCGGGGCGAACAGGCUGCUUCAUCGUGAUUGACAUCAUGCUGGACAUGGCGGAGCGGGAGGGCGUGGUCGACAUCUACAACUGCGUGAGGGAGCUGCGAUCGCGCAGGGUCAACAUGGUCCAGACCGAGGAGCAGUAUGUCUUUAUCCAUGAUGCCAUUUUGGAGGCGUGUCUCUGCGGCGACACCACCAUCCCAGCCAAUCAGCUUCGCUCUGUUUACUACGACAUGAACCGAUUGGACCCUCAGACCAACUCCAGUCCAAUCAAAGAGGAGUUCAGGACUCUGAACAUGGUGACGCCGACGCUGCGCGUGGAGGACUGCAGCAUCGCUCUGCUGCCGCGCAACCACGAGAAGAACCGCUGCAUGGACGUCCUUCCUCCCGACCGCUGCCUGCCCUUCCUCAUCACCAUCGACGGAGAGAGCAGCAACUACAUCAACGCCGCGCUCAUGGAUAGCUACAAGCAGCCGUCCGCGUUCAUCGUUACCCAGCAUCCUUUGCCGAACACAGUGAAGGAUUUCUGGAGGCUGGUUCUGGACUAUCACUGCACGUCUAUCGUCAUGCUGAACGACGUGGAUCCCGCUCAGUUGUGUCCACAGUACUGGCCUGAGAACGGUGUCCAUCGUCACGGUCCGCUGCAGGUGGAGUUUGUGUCCGCUGAUCUGGAGGAGGACAUCAUCAGCAGGAUCUUCCGCAUAUACAACGCCGCACGGCCGCAGGACGGGUACCGGAUGGUGCAGCAGUUCCAGUUUCUGGGCUGGCCGAUGUACCGCGACACGCCCGUGUCCAAACGCUCCUUCCUCAAGCUCAUCCAUCAGGUGGACAAAUGGCAGGAGGAGUACGACGGAGGAGAGGGACGCACGGUCGUACACUGCCUGAACGGCGGCGGUCGCAGCGGGACGUUUUGUGCCAUCAGUAUCGUCAGUGAAAUGCUGCGACACCAGCGCUCUGUUGACGUGUUUCACGCCGUCAAAACGCUGCGCAACAACAAGCCCAACAUGGUGGAUCUUCUGGAUCAGUACAAGUUCUGCUAUGAAGUGGCGUUGGAGUAUCUGAACACAGGCUAACGGCUCCGAACUCCAGCAGAGACUGUGUGUGUGUGUGUGUGUGUGUGUGUGUGUGUGUGUGUGUGUGUGUGUGUGUACAGUUGGCUUGUAUAUCUUUAAAAAGAAAACUUCAUCAAGACUGUGAAGAGCAGAUUCAACUCCUGCCUCCGUUUCCCGCUGAAUCCAGUCUGACGUCUCCUGCUCUCAAGCGCUUCGCUCCAGACUUAUUUCUGUCUUGUUUUCCAGCACAAAUAUCUAAACAUUCUUAAAUCAAGAUACAUUUACUGGAGAAGAGAAAUGACUGAAGAUAUUAAAGUCGUCAUUAAUGUUGCGCUCAUCUUUUCUACUCUAUUGUGCCGCAUAUAGGAGUGAAAUGCUUCGCAAACAAGAACAAAUGUAGGGCUUGAUUUUGAUUGGAUGGUUGUGGUUUGCUAUUAGUGGAUCUCAUGUGAGUGACGGGUUGCUCCGCCCUCGUCAUCAGAGAAGAGAAGAGAUGUCAAAACAGGAUUUAAUAUCUUCAGUCAUUUCUCUUCUCCAGUAAAUUUAUCUUGAUUUUAGAAUGUUUAGAUAUUUGUGCUGGAAAACAAGACAGGAAGAAGAAGUGUUUUAUGUUCUGAUCCACCAGAAUGAAGUGUCGUUUAUUUCCACACACUGUCUGCGAUUCACUAAAGGAAUCACAAAAUUACUGCUGAACGCAAAGUUGCAAUUCUGAGGAUCCUCAUGAAUAUGUCACAGUCUGUAAUGAGCCUAAUUUACAUAUUAAUGAGGCAUGUUUGUGCUGAACAGAAUGAUGGCGAUUCAAUGAAAUCCUCCUGCUGGUUGAACUGGACGAAAUAACGCAGAAAUAACCCGCGCGCAAGUGUUUGAGUGGCAUUUUGUUGUGUAAAUUGUAUAACAUAUGAAAACAUCAUAACAUACGAAGAAAUGACAUCAUGGAUCCAAAGCUUCCCAUCGCUCAUUCUUUACGCAUCUUUUCUUUUCGUCUUAUUGUUUGCACAUGUAUUUUUAAUAUUGUUUGUUUAUACUGUAAAUAUUUGAGGUGUGCUGUGAUAUUUAUUCAGGACAAUCAUCUUGUAUUGAGUUCAUAUUGUACAUGAUCAAAUAUAUUGUAUGGAUCAACAAAUGUCUGCCUGUUCAUAACUCGCUACAGUCUUUCAUUUCUACUAUUUUAUCCAUUUUUCAUAAUAAAAAUACAGCUUUUCA